AUGACGACCAGUCCUAACUGGAGAGAGAUUAAAGAACAUCUUGAAAGAUAUGGUGGAGACUCCCCUAAUGAUAGACCAGACAUUGAAUGUCGGGUCUUUAAGAUGAAAACACCAAGUUCAGAGGUAGUAGAUGAGAUUAUUUCAGCUGAGCUCCUAAACAAAGAAGAAGACCCAGAAGCUUACAAUUUAGUGACAAAACACAUGAUCCAUGGUCCGUGUGGUGUCAUUAAUCAGAAGUCACCAUGUAUGGAGAAUAAUGUGUGCACGAAAAAGUAUACUCCGCCGUAUAAUGGCAGUACUUCGAUUGACAAAUCAGGGGAUGUAUUAUAUCGUCGCCGCCGGAAUGAAAAUGAGUCUGUGGUAAAGAAUGGGGCAAUCCUAAACAAUACGUUUGUUGUACCUCAUAACAUUAAGCUCCUGAAGAAGUACGAAGCUCAUAUUAAUGUGGAAUGGUGUAAUUGUACAAGUGCAGUGAAGUACUUAUUCAAGUACAUAACCAAGGGUGUUGACAGAGCAUCCGUAGUUAUUGAAAAAGGAAGUACGACAACUACCUCUGACACAGUGACUUCUGGUGAACCAAAGGAAAGAGUGAUGAAGCAACAUAAUGAGAUCCAAGACUACAUCGAUGCUCGGUAUUUAUCAGCUUGUGAGUCUAUGUGGCGGACUUUCGCAUUUCACAUACACAAAAGAAAGCCAUCAGUUGAGAAGCUUAUCAUUCACUUAGAAGGCGAACAUAAAAUCACAAUUAAAGCAACUGAUAACCUCGGCCGUGUAAUCCGCAAGCCAGUACCAAAGUCUGGUCUGAACGGUCCUAGAAGUUAUGACGAGCUAAAAACGUUUAACGGCGUGAAAUACCCUGACUUCAAAUCAGUUUGCCACGCACGAGGCUAUUUGAACGAUGAUGUUGAAUGGCACGAGAGUAUGUCAGAGGGUGCUAGAACCGCCACCCCAUACCAACUCCGUGAUAUGUUUGUCACAUUCCUAACCAAUUGCUUCGUUGCAAGCUCUAAAGAAUUAUGGGAACACUCAUGGAAGUCAAUGAGCAAGGACAUACUUCACAAGAGACAAAGGAUCUUAGGUCACACAAAUCUGGAACUGGAUGAUGAGACCCUUGAGCAAUACACAUUAAUCGAAGUGGAAAAGUUGAUGCGCAUGCAUGACCGCUCAUUAAAUGAUAUUAAAGAGAUGCCAAAGAUCAAACCUGUUUUGCUAAAAGAAUUGGGGAACAGGUUGUGGAACCAAGAAAUGGAUUAUGAUGUUGCUGAGGAAACACUAAGACAUGACAGGCAGUACAACUUACUUAAUGCCGAGCAGAGUGCGAUUUACGAAUCAGUCUUAGACUCUGUUGAUAAAAAGGAUGGAAAACUAUUCUUUGUAUAUGGCGCAGGGGGCACAAGAAAAACAUUCCUAUACCAAACCAUUUUAUCCAGACUUCGCUCGAGAAAACAAAUCGUUCUCCCGGUUGCUUCUUCAAAAAUAGCAGCAUUGCUACUACCAAACGGGAGAACAGCUCAUUCUCGGUUUAAUAUUCCUUUGAAGCUCGACGAAGAUAAGCUCUGCAACAUCAAACCAGGUACAAUGCUGGCUGAACUAAUUGAGAAAACGGAUCUCAUAAUUUGGGAUGAGGCACCUAUGAUACACAAGCAUGCUUUCGAAGCACUAGACAAAACUUUGAAGGACAUAAUGUCUAUGAAAAUUCCACCCGCAAAGGAUCAAACUUUUGGCGGCAAAACCGUUUUGUUAGGUGGUGAUUUUAGACAGAUCCUACUAGUAAUUCCACAAGGCAGUAGAGCUGAUACUGUCUUAGCUUCGAUAAGUCAUUCAUAUCUAUGGAAUAGCUGCCACAAGUUCUCUUUAAAAACAAAUAUGCGAGUCAAUCAGGACGAGAAAGAGUUCUCUGAGUGGCUUCUCAAAGUCGGGGGAGGGCGUCCAGAAUCAGGACAAGAAGAUGAGGAUGAUGCCUACCAUGACCAAAUGAUAAUCGUCGACUACUCAUUGGUCCAAGAGACUAAGGAUGAGUCAUUAAAACAAGUUCUCGAUGCUGUGUAUGGUGAUGUCAACAAAAUAAAGGCCUCCCAAAGUUCCUACACUGAUAAAGCUAUACUUACACCCCGAAAUGAUACAGUAGAUGAAAUCAAUGCAUAUACAAUCUCCAAAACCGAUGGAGAGUCAAGAGACUACUACAGUUAUGAUAACUUUGAGGUUUCGGAAACUCAAUCUAAUCAAAAUGAUACAUUAUACGCGAUUGAGUAUCUCAAUUCCAUGGAGUUUCCAGGAUUGCCUUCUCAAAAACUCACUCUCAAAGUUUGGCUUCUCCACAGAGUCUCACCGGUCUCUGGUCUUGGUGGAAUCGUUCGGCUGCGGCGGUGGUCUUUGUUUUGCUUUGCGGUGUCGUGGAGUGACCGGAGUCUAGUCUCCGCUGUCAGGUGCUAUGAAGCCCUCGGCAAGCUGUUCUCAGAUGGAUCAAUAUCUUUAAGAGCGGAUCAUCGGGGAAGCCAAAAUUACCGGGUUCUGGCUCUCGGUUGA